AUGAUGAUGAUGAUGAUGAUGAAGGAGAAGGAGAAGGAGAAGGAGAAGGAGAAGGAGAAGGAGAAGGAGAAGGAGGAGGAGGAGGAGGAGGAGAAGGAGAAGGAGAAGGAGAAGGAGAAGGAGAAGGAGAAGGAGAAGGAGAAGGAGAAGGAGGAGGAGAAGGAGAAGGAGAAGGAGAAGGAGAAGGAGAAGGAGAAGGAGAAGAUGAUUAUGAUGAUGAUGACAAAAACGAUCAACGUGAAACAAAAGCUUUCACGCGCGGGAAAUUUCAACAUUUGCGACAACUUCUCUCCGAUGACGUUUGAAAAACGUAGUCAACGACGGAGCAACAAAAUCAAACCGCUUUGUUUCAGUAAACAAAAGACUGAAAAAAUAACACUUUCUUUUGAACUGCCAGCCAUUUCUAAAACACGUCUCAAGGCCAUGACAAUGACCUUACCCGAGGUUGGUGCUAAACUUCUCUAACAGCACGUGUUGUAUACUUGUGCAACUUUUCGGAAAGGGUAAACGACACAAAUCGAUCUCAGUAUAAAAGCAGAUUCUCCGUCGGCGAUGAAUACACUGAAAGGAAUAUGAAAACAAAGGACUUAAAAAAAAAAUCGCACUUCCCUGUGUUUUCUGUGUGAUGUCCGGCGUAGAACCUUUAUGCGAAAACACUGCCGAUUGGAAGAGUUUAUUAACUCCGGCUUCAAGUAAAAAUUAAACGCUUCUCUAACAGCCCUACGAUGCUGAAAUUCUGUAACCUUCCGGACAGAGUUAAACGAAAAUAACCGAUCCAUAAAAAGCAGAUGUCCAGUUGGUUAUGAAUACGAAUAAGUAAACAAAAGAUUGAAAAAAAUAAUCGCGCCUCCUUUUCAAUGGCCCGCGAAGUUUAAAACAGGGCUCAAGUCCCCACACUUACUGAUAAAAUUUAUUGCUCUCUGUAAGUAAAAACCACACGCGCUUGUUGCGUAACUCCUCUUUCAUGCAAGUGCUGUAUAAUGCGCAACUAUUCGUUUUUAGAUGAAGUAAAAGGAACACACCUGUUUUAUUCAAAGCGCGUUGUCGCGCAAAGAGAAAGCCGGUUGUUUCAGAACGUAUUCUCGGUGGCUUCGGAAACUAUGACUUUAAUCUUUGGAGUAACGGAGUAAAGUAUCGGCAGAAAUCUAUGCACGCGGCGGGUUCAUGCAAAAAAUAAAAGCAAUGAUGGAACUAAAAGAUCAAGUUUUCAGUUCACUGCCUCAAUGCUUGAUGUGUUAAGAAGCUGAGGCAAAGACUAACAAUUUGUGAACGUCUGUACUGCAUAUGAAAAUGCAUCUUCUAGAAGAAUAGCUCUCCAAAGCUCCUGAAUGAGAAGCUAUAGACUAUUUCACGCGGUACCCUUGUGAAAUUUCAAUUCUUUACAGAUCAACUAGCACUCCCCACCCCCGUGGAACGCACGUUUUUCACGCCGAAGGUUUCCAAUUAUUCAAACAAGCUUCGGGUUGGUCUGGGAAGGAGUCACCCAGAACAAAAGAACUAUUGUUUGAUAGGCAAAUUCAGGUCGGUAAAAUAGACAUCUCUUGAUACGGAAAGGAAAACACUACAGACUCCUGGGGGUGCUAGAGAACGUUCGACUGGAUGAACGGCUGGGCCAGGCGUGUGCAACUAAAGAGUAUCUACGGAGGAUAUCUAUUAUAUGGUCCAGCCCCCUAUCUGAUUGUAACCGUGUAAAGGCAACUAAUCAGUAUGCACUCCCGGUGCUGCGGUACUUAGUGUGAACACAGCAUUGGACUCUAUCAGAGUUAAGAGAUGUGGACAGAGCAGCUCGGAAGAUCAUAGUUGAGAACGAUGGCAAGCACCCAGCUAGCCUAACUUCUUUGUUAUAUCUGCCAAGGGAGAAAGGGGGUAGAGGCCUACGAUCAGUCGAACACAAGUACAAGAUCAUUAAAAUCAAAUUGCUACUGAAAUUGUAUCAGAAUUCGGACCGGACUGUGGAAGCAGUUAGAAUUGGAAGAACAUGCUAUGGCAUUAGGCCACCCGUCGCUUGUAAAGAAAACAGCUAAGUACGCUGAAGAACUCAACAUCACACUUCAGCUUGAUAUCCAAAAUCCCGUGUGUGUUACAAAGGAAGGAAAGGUGGUGAAUGCAGCAAGAGCUGGGAACCUGUUGAAGAAAUCUCAAGAGAUGCAGUUCUUGGAGGUCGCUAUAGACGAAAAGUGACAAGGAAAGUUAUUCCGUAUCAGAUGAGAAGAUGAGAGCCUAAACACAACCAGCUGCUUUGCAUGGUUAAAAGGUUGGGCUACACGCCCUACAUAUACAAUCGCGGGCAUGUAUGAACUGUAUGAGCAGUUGUUAUCUACGAAGCUCUACACAAAGGAGAAGACGCAAACCUCCACCGACGGCGAAGUCCUAUGCAGGUUAUGUGGGAAGGUAGCUGAGAGCGUUGCACAUGUACUGGCUGGAUGCUCCUACCUGGCACAAACCAAGUACCAAUACAAGCAUAAUGCAGCUUUAAAGAUUCUGUUUUUUGAGCUCCUGCGAGAGCAUGGGUUAAUAGAAGAGGUUCCACCAUGGUACUCACCGGUGAUGCCAAAACCAGCCUACCAGAACACCGCGAGUGAGGCGUUUUGGGAUAUUCCAAUCUAUGCAGAGCACAACGAAGUUAGAGCAAAUCGGAUCGACGCGCGACUUGUCAGCCACGAGAGGAAAGAAGUCUGCACCAUUGAAAUG